AUGCCACGUCAGCAGACGGUUCUCGUGCCAGUUUACUCGUACGGAGCAUCAGGUUACGGGGCGCAGGCGUAUCCGGGUUACGGUAUGGGCUACCCGGGAUACGGUAUGUAUCAAGGAGCCGGUUAUCCAAUGAUGAUGGGCAGCGGCGGUGGAGCUUGCUGCGGAGGAGCCGGUGACGCGGUGAGAAGGUUUAUUGAAGAAAGCAUUGAAAAUAGGAAUUCAGAUGAUGAUGCCUCCUCGGGAAAGCAAUGCGAAGAAGUUUUUGAGAGGAGCGACGGAGGGCGUGUUCAUGGGAAGCGUCGGAAUGCUCGGAUUCCGGAAGUGA